GCGUCAAAGCCCGAACUGGGAGGCUGAGUUGUGGAGCAUCCUCUCCCCGCAGCCCCUCCUCCGCCCACGGCAGCGGCCAAGGGUGUAGAGCUUAGCAGGGGGAGGGGAAGAUCUACACCCAUCCCCCUUCCUCCCGCCCUCCCCGCGAUCAGAUUCAACUGCACCUUUUAUUAUUUUAACUCUUCUCCCUAGGACACGCGGCCCCCGGAUCUGUCCCUCCGGCAUUAGCGAUCCCCGCUCCCGCGCGCCGGCAUGGGACAGCGAGGGACCUGCCCGCGGUCGGCCGGCGUGUGCGGGGAGGUGCCGCCGCCGCGCCCGCUGCCCCGAGUCUGAGGACGGGUAUCGAGGAAAGGAGAGGCCGAGGAAGAGACAGGUGGAUAGGCUGGCUAUGGUGACAGGACGAUGUUGGCCAGAAAGAGCAUCAUCCCCGAGGAGUAUGUGCUGGCGCGCAUCGCCGCGGAGAACCUGCGCAAACCUCGCAUCCGAGACCGCCUCCCGAAAGCCCGCUUCAUCGCCAAGAGCGGGGCCUGUAACCUGGCGCACAAGAACAUCCGUGAGCAGGGACGAUUCCUUCAGGACAUCUUCACUACCUUGGUGGACCUGAAAUGGCGCCACACGCUGGUCAUCUUUACCAUGUCCUUCCUCUGCAGCUGGCUGCUCUUCGCCAUCAUGUGGUGGCUGGUGGCCUUUGCCCAUGGGGACAUCUAUGCUUACAUGGAGAAAAGUGGAAUGGAGAAAAGUGGUUUGGAGUCCACAGUGUGUGUGACUAAUGUCAGGUCUUUCACCUCUGCUUUUCUCUUCUCCAUUGAAGUGCAAGUGACAAUUGGAUUUGGAGGGAGAAUGAUGACAGAAGAAUGCCCUCUGGCCAUCACAGUUUUGAUUCUGCAGAACAUUGUGGGUUUGAUCAUCAAUGCAGUGAUGUUGGGCUGCAUAUUCAUGAAAACGGCUCAGGCUCACAGAAGGGCAGAAACUUUGAUAUUCAGCCGCCAUGCUGUGAUUGCUGUUCGAAAUGGCAAGCUGUGCUUCAUGUUCCGAGUGGGUGACCUAAGGAAAAGCAUGAUCAUUAGUGCCUCCGUGCGCAUCCAGGUGGUCAAGAAAACAACUACACCUGAAGGGGAGGUGGUGCCUAUUCACCAGCUGGACAUUCCUGUUGAUAACCCUAUUGAGAGUAAUAACAUUUUUCUAGUGGCUCCUUUGAUCAUCUGCCAUGUGAUUGACAAGCGCAGUCCCUUGUAUGAUAUCUCAGCAAGUGACCUCGCCAACCAAGACCUGGAGGUCAUAGUGAUUCUGGAAGGAGUGGUCGAAACUACUGGCAUUACCACUCAAGCAAGAACCUCCUACAUCGCUGAGGAGAUCCAAUGGGGCCAUCGCUUUGUGUCUAUUGUAACGGAGGAGGAAGGAGUGUAUUCUGUGGAUUACUCCAAAUUUGGCAACACUGUUAAAGUAGCUGCUCCGAGGUGCAGUGCCCGAGAGCUGGAUGAGAAGCCUUCCAUCCUUAUUCAGACCCUCCAGAAGAGUGAACUGUCCCAUCAGAAUUCUCUGCGGAAGCGCAAUUCCAUGAGAAGAAACAAUUCCAUGAGGAGGAACAACUCUAUCCGAAGGAACAACUCAUCCCUCAUCGUGCCCAAGGUGCAAUUUAUGACUCCAGAAGGAAAUCAGAACACAUCGGAAUCAUGACAGCAAGACAACCCCAGGAAAGACUUUUAGCAAGUGUUGACAGUUUACGCAGGGCUCUAUCAGACUGUACCAGAGCUGGAAUACAAUAAUUUGUCCUUCUCUAUCUUAACACACUAAAUGAUAUUCAUAUUCAAACAACAGCACUUUCUGUGUCAGUAAAUAGUAACACAAGGUGGAGGAUUCGUGGCUUACACUUGUUUCAUACAUGCAGUAUUUGCUGUGAUAAGCUUAAAUUAUGUAUAAGAAUUAGUUAUGCUCUCAUUUCUCUCAAUUUGAAACACAAGAAUUACAUUAAUAGUAAUAGACCUUCAAUACAAAAGUUGGCCAAGGAAUGAUUCUGUGUGAAAUGCUUAGUGGGUGAAACCACAGAUCUCUCUGUUUCUGUUGUUCACUCUGGAAAUGCAAAUAGGAUGGGGGACAGGAAACAAAAUUGUGUUCUUGAUGCUUUUUGUAUAUCAGCCGGUAUGUUCCGUGUCCUUUUUUCAUGAUACUGCUCCUGGUAAGACACCUGAGGCAAAAAACUACUUAGCGUUAUCUGCUCCUAAGGAGAUUCUGUUCAUUGACUUAGUUCUUCACAGUGACCUCCAGGGAUUUCCUCGUCCUCCUCAUGGCAGACUGUUGGCAGAACUGGGCAAGGAACUUUCGAGAAAAGCUAAGAACAUUCCUGUCUCAUUUAGGACUGGAUUCCCGAAAGUGAUACUUACUUCUUUUGGCUUCUCACUUCUUAAGAGCUCCCGCAGGGAAAUACUGUAUUGACUAUUUUAUUAAAAUAUUUUCUUUGUA